UGGUCGCUCUUCCACGCCUUCGCUGUGCAGUCUCAGGCCGGAAACCUUGCCCUCCGACGUAGUCUGCUUCAUUUGACACGAAUCGGAUUGAUUUCCCGGCUCCAGGCGCACAGAGGCCAGUGCUUGUCGCUUAUACGUCAAUUUAUGACACCAGUAAAGCUCAUACUACCGGCCAGAUCAACCUCUGCAAUGGCCUAUCUUCCAUCAUCACAUUUACGAAAAGGACAUAAAGAAAACGAUUCAAAUGGAAGUUGCCACAGCUCCACUCGUCGGUAUUCUCGGUCCCUCGCAAUCAAUUUCCCAUCGCCUCUAAAUCAACCCUCAAUUCGGCCCACUGGCACAGCUGAGCACUGUGACGCGAAGAGACGAUUGUCGCCAAGACUCAUGUGCUUCUACCAUUUACUAAAACAACUUCCCUCUAUGGAUGUCUGA